AAACCCUAACCUGCCAAACCGCUAUGUAUGGCGUCUUGUCUCCACGUUCAUUUGACUUGGAUACUCCAACCCUUUUAUAUAUAUAUAUACAACACUUCUUCCUUUCAUCUCCUCCGCUACUUCCGGCGACCAUUUCAAUCUCUCUCUCUCCGAUCUCUUAAUUUCCAUCGUAUUACCAAGAAAUGGCGGAACAGAAGCGCGCUCCCCGCUUGAACGAAAGGAUCCUGUCUUCGUUAUCCAGGAGAUCUGUUGCUGCUCAUCCUUGGCAUGAUCUUGAGAUUGGACCUGGAGCUCCCCAGAUUGUCAAUGUGGUUAUUGAGAUUACAAAAGGAAGCAAAGUGAAAUAUGAACUUGAUAAGAAAACUGGGCUCAUCAAGGUUGAUCGUAUCUUAUAUUCAUCUGUGGUUUACCCUCAUAAUUAUGGCUUUAUUCCUCGUACGCUAUGCGAAGAUAAUGACCCAAUGGACGUUCUAGUCCUAAUGCAGGAACCUGUGCUGCCUGGAUGUUUUCUUAGAGCCAGGGCCAUUGGACUGAUGCCGAUGAUUGAUCAGGGCGAAAACGACGACAAGAUUAUUGCAGUUUGUGCUGACGAUCCUGAGUACCGCCAUUACACUGAUAUAAGCCAGCUACCACCACACCGUCUGGCUGAGAUCCGUCGAUUCUUUGAGGAUUACAAGAAAAAUGAGAACAAAGAGGUUGCAGUCGAUGCGUUUCUGCCUUCAAGUACCGCUCAUGAUGCCAUCCAACACUCCAUGGAUCUUUAUGCCGAGUAUAUCAUGCAGACGUUGAGGAAUUAGAUGGCCGUCCAAUCAUUGGUAUUUUUAAACAAGACCCGAUUCUUAUACGAUAACUUGAUUACUAAAACGUUGAUGAUGAGGGUGGCGAUUUUUUUUUCUAAUUUGUGUUGAUCGAUAAAAGAACGAGUUCUGGUAUUGUUAUUUACUUUUAUUAUUACUAAUGUUUUGACAUUCAAGUGAUAAAUUAAAUAUGGCAUGAGAUCAACCCC